AUAGGAUCUCGCUCCUACUUGUAUCCUGCCAAUCGUACCAUUGACCCAUUGACCCAUUCACCGCUCAGCCCGUUCACCGUUCACCGCAGUCCUCGUCACCUGCGAUCUUUAUGCAAGGCACUCGGUUUGCAUUCCAAAUCCCUCGUCACUUUAAAUCGUCGCUCUGCACCAGACUCAUUUCACCAUUUUCCUUGUCCUUCAUCCCAGUUUCGAGUUCCGGAAGAUUACAGAACAACACCAGUGCCGCUGUCUACAGAUCUCGUCUCCUCUCAAGCAUCCCUGCGCCUCCAACAAGAUCCGACAUGGCGUCGGCUACCACUUUCUACGACUUCACCCCCAAAGACAAACGCGACCAAGACUAUCCUCUUGCUCAGCACAAAGGAAAAGUCAUCUUAGCCGUCAACACAGCCUCGAAAUGUGGCUUCACUCCUCAGUUCGCCGGGCUCGAGUCGCUGUGGAAGAAAAUUUCUGAAAAAUACCCUGAUCAAUUCGUGAUCAUUGGAUUCCCAUGCAAUCAGUUUGGUGGUCAAGAUCCCGGCUCGAACGAGCAAAUCCAAGAGUUCUGUCAGUUGAACUAUGGUGUCUCAUUCCCCGUUUUGGGCAAGACCAAUGUCAAUGGCGAUCAUGCGGAGCCAGUGUUCGAAUGGAUGAAGUCGGAAAAGCCAGGCCUGCUGGGCUUGAAGAGGAUUAAGUGGAAUUUUGAGAAGUUCUUGAUCGGUCGUGAUGGGAAGGUCGUCCAGCGAUGGGGUAGUAUGACCAAGCCGGAGAGUAUCGAGAAGGAUAUCAUUCAUGAGAUUGAGAAAUCCAAGUCGGGAUGAUCGACUCAUGCCACAUUGUACAGCAUGUUAUCAGAGAUACCCGGAUCAACCUUGCACUAGUAUUUUGGCGGUGGCCCAUUGGCUUCGAAUGCAUUUUCCACAUCAGGUGCGCGCUGCUGCUGCUGCUGCUGCUGUCCUUGUCCAUUGUAUCUUUGCUGUUUGUGUGUAGAAACGGUAAACUCCAGCU